AUGGACGGACCCGACGACACAGACUCGCUGGCGGAGGAACCGGCAGUCACGACACGCUCGCCGAGCAUCACGACCACGACAAGCACGCCGGCUACAAGCCUGAAGGUCAAAGGCAACCCCAGCAGUAAGAAGGAGCGGGGCACCGCCAUGCCGCCGGCGACCGCGAUGCACAAAGUGAAGCCAAUGUCGGCUGAAGACUCUACCCUGCUGGCGAGCCUGCCGGCGGACCUCGCGGAGCACGGCGCCACCAGCACCCACAUCAGCAAUCAAAACGUGUCUGAUGAGCUGAGCAAACAGAAGGACGAGUCGAAACGAGGGGGAGAGGAGUCAGAGCACAACUUGUCGACCGUGGCAGGCGUGCUGACUCGCCACGCCAAGAUGGAAAAAGCGGAGGAUGCGGCAGCACUGCUGCCAGAGAAGCCACGCCGCGACGGAGACGGCGACACGUCAGAGAGCAGGCUUGAGGAGUCUGAGGAGCUGCUUGGCGACGUGCACUUCUACGAAGCUCGCAGCAGUCGGUCUCGCUCGCACUCCACGGCGCCACAGACCCUGACGAUACCGUACCCCGCCUCUGCGUCGGCACUGUCUGCGUUCGGUGCCAAGCAGGAAGACAGCGAGGCGUGGGAGGCGGUGGCGCGGACGGCCAUCGAUGCCCAGGAGCGCCAGCUGUGCCACACCUUGCUCAGUAUUUUUCCUCCCGAGCUGCUGCGGGACGCCGAAUCGGAGCGGUGCCUCGCCAAAGCGCGGGAUCCCGGGAGUGGUACCGAGGCUAUGGACGUCAAGAGCACAAGCAGCAUGCCAUCUCAGCCUGUGAGCAGUGGUCCAGCACUAUCCCCCUUCCUCAGUCCCGAGCCACUCCUGCCGCUGCUAAAGGCAUUGUGCGAGGACAAAGCCUACGUGCACGGCGCGUGGUGCCGUUACGAGGACGACCUUGCGGUCCGCCGCAUCCAGAGCAGCAUCCAGCGCAAGCGGCAGCGCCACUCAUUCAACAAGGGUGGUCGCAAGGCCUCCCCGAGCGGCCCAACCGCUGCUGCACAGCGUCGAAACGGCGACGCUGACGGAGGUGAUGAAAGCGGCGCUGACGAGGAUAAAACUGCGGAGGAGGACGAGCUCCAGCCACCGGAAGCGCAUUGGGUGGAGGUGCCACCGGCCUUCACGGGAGGCCCGCUGCCAUUGCCGACGACUGCCACUCACCCCGCGCCAGUCAGCAGCGUAACUGGUGGAUUUCAGUGGACACCGUGGCGCUUCUACCGAGAAAAGCGGCGGCGCAGCGCACGGCGCCCGACGGAGUGCGGCACGUGUCCCGCCGAAGCGAGGUCUUCAGCCGUGGCCGGUGCCGUUCGGCCGGGCCUCUUCUCGGCUACCCCCAGCAACACGGCUCUCAGCAGUGCUGGCGUCCCCUCUCCCGCCUGCUCUGAGGUGCCCUCUCUGCCAGUUCUUCAAGUGGAGGUUGACGUACCGAAAAGCGCGGCGGCUGUUGUGGCCCCCAUGACGCCGCAGGAGCGGAAAGGGUACGCACGCUACGUGAUGAGCAGCGGAAAGCUGCGCCACGACUGCCGCGACCCAUACACCUUCCUCGUCUCUCGUGCAAAAGAGAUGCGUAUCCAGUGGAAGCGCCAGCAUCCAAUGAACUGA